UAUCAUUUUGAUUUUAAACUUAAUCGAGAUGAAUGAAAAGAAAAUGAUUUCAGCAAUAUCGAUGUGUUUGAUUAUUUUAUUUCGUCGUAUGGAAACCAAGAAAAUGAUUGAUAUAGAUAAUAUAAAGUUUAAUUUACCUUGUGGGAAUAAUUACUGUGAGGGUAUACGACAGUAUUGUAGCGAAGAACAGACAUGUUUAUAUUGUACCAGAGAUAUUUGUAUGAUGAGGAAUCCUCCGGAUUUGUGUGUAUUUCAGUGUGCAUCAUAUAAAAAUGACAUCGAUUCAAAGAACACAAAUCAUACUAGAUCUGCAAGGAAGGAAGAUUUAACUGAACAUAUGAGAGUUUGUGUUGAUAAAUGGGUAAUCAUCUUACUGGGUGUAACUGUUGGUGUAUCAAUAGUGAUCAACUGUGGUAUUUUAAUGUGGAUACUAAUAAUUAAGAGAAAUCAGGGAGAAAAAUAUUAUUUUGAUGACUGUUUUAUCAUAUGCAGAAAAAGAAACAUUCAUGAAUUACUUAGAAAGUACCACACAACUGAAAAGCAGCCAGAAUCUCCUUAGAUGACAAAGGAGCCAAACCAGACUGGAUAAAAAUUAAUGCAGUUCCAAAAAUUGAUUAAAUAUCAUUCAUACACAUGGAUUUCCGUGAGUUCAAAAUACCUAUAUGGUCAGCUGCAUUACCCCAAGUGCCUUUCAGAGUUUGUGUUUUAAUUAUUUGCUGGGAGGCAGUGAAGACAGGAUAAACAUGACAAA